ACUAUAGACUAAUUUUUCUCUUAAUUUGUGUCUCAAAUAGUAAUUACAAUUGGAUUUUGAAUCGAAAUGCAAGAAACGCUUUCAUCACAAUUAACUGAUUCACAUAAACAGCAAAUACAACAACAGUUUAAUAAUAGUGACGCCAAUCAUCAAAACAAUGACACCAAUCAUCAGAUCUAUCAAAAUGAUAAUGAUUUACCACCACAUUAUCAACAGACCCAUCACUGGUCACAAUCUCUCUUCCAUUACGACAACAUAGUUAUCGGCGAUUGGUCAAUUGGUGGUGGCUCUGAUUACGGUCAAUUGCCGUAUUUCAUCGAUUCGGGUGACAUAAUCAUCGAAGUGGAUGGCGUGAAAGUGGCCGGACUUACCCGUCAGGACGUGUGCGAGAUUGUGAACGCAAAGCCCACCCAUUCUGUCAAAUCAGUUCAGGCGUCCAAUGCGUACGGACUGCCCAUUGAACUGCGCGAAUAUCUGGCGCGAAGGUUCGCUCGCGGGAGCAUUGAUCACGACCUUCAGGCCACCAUCAGAGACAACGUCUACGUGCGGACCAUUCCCUGCACCACAAGACCCCCGCGACCUAAUGAAACCGAUGGCGUCGACUAUAAGUUUGUGACCAAAGAGCAGUUUAUAGAAAUGGACAGAUCGGGACUUCUCCUCGAGUCCGGUGUAUACGCCGCCCACUUCUAUGGAACUCCGCUCCCAUUGACUACAUUUCCUUCAAAUGAUUCGCCAAACAAUACAUCAAACAAUUUACCAAAUUAUGAACAAAUAUCAAUGAAUAACUCCAACACAUCGCUGGCCUCUAAGCGUCGCCGAAACCGCUCAAACAUCGCUGCGAUCGACGCCUCAUCCCUUCCCCACGGAUGGGAGCGUAUAUCCGAUGCUCAUUACGGCGUCUAUUAUAUCGAUCACAUCAACAAAAGGACUCAAUACGAGAGGCCCUAUGAGACGGAACUCAUCAAAGGAGUCUCUGGUUUCGGAUUUACUCUCGUAGAAAUUGAUAAGGGUCUGGUUGUGGUGAAGAGCAUAAUCCCUGGGGGACCGGCGUAUUCGUCAGGUGUCAUACAACCGGGUGAUGUACUCGUGUCGGUGUCGGGAGUAUCGGUUGCCGGUCUCCAGCACUCAGAUAUAGCCAAACUGUUCGCCACGUUUACAGUCGGCGAUCGAAUUAAGCUGACGUUCGCCCGCGGAUACCAAUUGCCGCCCGACCUCAACGAUGACGAGUUUGAUUUACUCAGCGUUACUCUCACUAAAGGAAUACAAGGAUUUGGUUUUACGAUAAGUGACGCGCAUUCCGGACAAAAGGUUAAGAAAAUCCUAGACAUUGACCGCUGCGGUGCUCUCAGACAGGGAGACAUUCUUCUGUCGAUCAAUGGCUGCGACUUAUCAGAGAUGUCACACUUGGAUGUGGUCGAGGCUCUCAAGCAGUGUCCGAUCGACGAGUCAGCAGUUCUUAUGGUUAAACGCAAGAAGAGAUUCCGCUCUAAGACUCCCAUUAUAUUGCAAAACAAUUGGGAUAAUGAAGACAGUUAUUUACCGCCGGUUCGUAACUGUAAGACACCUAACGCUGAAAUGAUGGGUAGAAUGAGAGACACUAACAAUGAGUUCGCGCCCAACCAUUCCGUGUCUCAGUAUUUGCCAAAUAGUAAUUCCUAUGCAAACGACGACUACUUUCCACAACACGACAACAUUAAGUCCCAAUCGGCACCACUACUGCCCGCACUCACAGCACAAUAUGUACCAAAUGAUGCACCGCUUCCGACACCACCUCUUCAGACAUCGAUUGCCAAUUCAGAUAUGACUACAUCGACGACUACUGAAGACGAUUUCGAGUACUUCCGGGCGUCGCUAACGCGCGCCGAAUCGGGUUUUGGGUUUCGGAUUGUUGGCGGCGCUGAAGAGGGCCGUAAUGUAGCCAUUGGUUCAAUUGUGAUCGGAGGCGUCGCCCACAGGGAUGGUGUGCUUAAAGCCGGCGAUGAGAUAAUCUCGAUCAACGAUAGGAACGUAAUGGGCGCCAGUCAUCAAGAAGUGGUACAAUUGAUGUCCCAAACGGGACCAAUGGUCGCAAUUCUGGUCAGACGGAAGCGAAACGCAGACACAUAUGACGUGACACUCUUUCGCGAAGACGCCGAAGGUUUUGGUUUUGUCAUCAUUUCGUGCGGGGAUUGCGCUCUCAUCGGUCGCAUCAUUGAAGGCAGUCCUGCGCACAGAUGUCAGAGACUUCAUAUUCGGGACAGGAUUAUAGCCGUUAAUGGCAUUGACAUCACUUCACUAACUCAUCCAGAAAUAGUGAAUAUGAUUAAAGAAUCCGGUGAAAGUCUUCAAUUGCGGAUAAUUCCGGCCGAUUGUUAUACAGUAGAGCUAAUCCGUGGCCCAAAAGGUUUUGGAUUCUCAAUCAGAGGCGGCGCCGAAUUCAAUGGAAUGCCUCUCUUUAUCCUCCGUAUAGCACCGGACGGACCGGCCUUUUCACUGCUCAACAUUGGCGAUGAAAUCAUUGAAAUCAAUGGCUACUCGACUGUAGGGCUGACACACGCGGACGCCGUGAACGCCAUUAGUCAGAGCGGACCCGCAGUCAAACUCAAACUCCGCCGAAAUUAUGUAACGACAGGCAAUUGGACGCCAAAUAUGCCUCCCAUUCAGACAAUGCAAACAUUCAUGAAUUAACUGGCAUUUGAUGCCAUCGUUUAUAUCAUUCAUUCAAUUCAUAAAAACCAUUAGUAAAUAAUAAUUUUAAAAACAAUUUUAUUAAUUUUAUUUCUAAACCACAGUUUAAAUAUAUAU